CUUGAGCCUAUAAGUAUGGCCAAGGCUUGUGGCUUCUGGCAGCAAGCAUUGUUUGCGAUCAUGGCUGCAACUGCAAAAGUCCUCCCGAAGCUUACAAUCGUCCCCCUUCUCGCCCUUCUGCUCUUUCCUUUUUCCUCGCACGGAGGUGUGAUCUCGGUCUACUGGGGGCAGAACGGCGGCGAAGGCAGCUUGGCUGAUGCUUGUGCCUCCGGCAACUAUGGCAUCGUCAACUUAGCCUUUCUAACCACGUUUGGCAAUGGUCAGACUCCAGUUCUCAAUCUCGCCGGUCAUUGUGACCCAUUCUCCGGCACCUGUACUGGCCUAAGCAACGACAUCAAAGCUUGCCAGGAUCGUGGGAUCAAGGUGCUGCUCUCUAUCGGAGGUGCAACCGGUGGCUACACCCUCACCUCUGCUGACGAUGCUCGGAGUGUAGCAGAUUACUUAUGGAACAACUAUCUGGGCGGCCAAUCAAGCUCUCGACCAUUAGGAGACGCCGUUCUAGAUGGAAUAGAUUUUGACAUCGAGGGUGGCACUACAGAGCACUGGGAUGAGCUAGCCAAGGCUCUAGCAAGUUUCAACCAGGGAAAGAAGGUUUACUUAGCGGCAGCCCCACAGUGUCCAUUCCCAGACAAAUGGCUAAAUGGUGCACUCAACACUGGGCUUUUCAACUACGUCCAAGUCCAAUUCUACAACAAUCCUUCUUGCCAGUACUCUGGCAAUGCCGACAAUCUCAAGAAUUCCUGGAACCAGUGGACAUCUAUUCAGGCCGAGCAGGUGUUCUUGGGGUUGCCAGCAGCUCCUGCUGCUGCAGGGAGCGGCUAUAUUCCUCCAGAUGUGCUGGUGUCUGAUGUUCUUCCGACGAUCAAGAGUUCUCCUAAAUAUGGAGGUGUGAUGCUUUGGAAUAGGUUCUACGAUAUCCAGAACGGGUACAGCCCAGCUAUCAAACCCAGUGUUUAAAGAGCUCGCUUUGAAUUGUGAGAGUUUGAAUAAAAUUAAAUAAGAUCAAAGACAUAUAGAAUAAGGACAAGAAGUUAAUUGUCUUCGGCGAGGUUAUCUCUAAGCUGUUGAACCUUAUAAUGUUUAGAAAAGUAAAAAUAAUUUUAAAGGUUGAAGAUUUGUCCGUUA